ACUCCCCCUCUUGCCUUGUCGGGAAAAGAAAUAGCAUUUUUGGAUUAACGAUUAUGAUGUUGGUGAUUUGCAGAUGUUUUUGUGACUGUGUGUGCGCAGGCCUAUGCUGAAUAAGGUAUAAAUAGCUGGUGAAUUUCAAAUAAACUUCCAGUUGGCAGUCAGCACUUGUCUGUGGUAUUUGUUUCCUUGUGUCCCUGUUUUAUUUGCGCUGUUUAACCUCAGUUCUAAAUAUGAACCAACUAGCCCUCAUCAAGAUCUUACACUAAUCAAAAAGAAAGUGCAGGGCCGAGAUGCACUUGCCACAAUGGUGAAACGGACACCCGAGGCAAGUUCAGGGAAGCAAAUGCAGAAAAGAAACGACUCUAGGCAGCAGGGCGAGAUGAAAGCCAGAUGGCUACUUGGCAGAAGCCCGCCUGGGAGCAGCCCACAGAAUGAAAACAGGCGUGUUUCGAGACAUCAUGGCUCUAUUGGCUUGCUCAAAAGCUGGCCUCUUCAAUGGAUUAUGGAUAUUACUCACAAACACCCUGGUAGUUCAUUCCAGUGGUACAACUCCGAUGCCCAGUUCAUACAAUACCAGCUCCCAUGUGUUGGGCAGAGAGUUUCCGCUGUUGGAGAUGCUCUUGGAACAGGGGCUCCUGCAGCUGCCUCGUCUCCUGAGAGACCAGGAAUCUCGUUCCCUAGAGCGGUGGCGGGCUCUUGAUCAGCGCCUACAACAGCAGUUUGAUGCCAUGGAAGCGCGCCUAGCCCUACGCCUAGAGAGUCUCAAAGGGGAUGUCACAAAGGGCCUUGCACUGAAUGAACUUCUCCGCGAAGAUGUUGAACAGCUCCAGCGUGAACAAACUGCCUGUCAUCAGCAUCAGCAGAGGUGUUCCGGUGAGCAAAGUGUACGUCGUAGCCUCGCCAGCAUGCAUGCCAGCCUUCAACAGCUGCAGCAAAACAUUACGGAGCUACUUAAGGAUGUCAGGUACAUCCACAAUCACACCUUCCUGGUAGCAACACACAAGCAGCUGCUAGAUGCAGUGAGCCACUUGGAACAGUCGUCUAGCCACCUCCAAGUGUCCUGCACGAGUACAGUGCAAGCUACGAGUGUGCAGCUACCCCUAGAUUGCUGGGAUGUGCUGCAAGAUGGCCACAACUCAUCGGGAGUCUAUCGUAUCCAGCCAUCUGGUUCUCCAGAAGCCAUCACGGUUUACUGCAACAUGGACAGUGAUGGUGGAGGGUGGACGGUCGUGCAACGAAGGUUCGAUGGAAGCACAGAUUUCCAGAGAAGUUGGACCGACUACAAGUAUGGGUUUGGCAACACAGCAUGUGAAUUCUGGCUAGGAAAUAACCAGAUACAUCAUUUGACAUCUCAGAGGCUGUACCAAGUCAGGGUCGACCUAGAAGACUUUGAUGGACAACAGACACAUGCCCUGUAUGCUUACUUUGCCAUAGGAAGUGAACGUGAGAAGUUUGCACUCAAGCUACUUGGUAAAUACGAAGGUGGAGAUGCAGGGGACGGCCUGAGCACGCAUGCUGCAAUGGCCUUCUCGACGUGGGAUGUCGACAAUGACCAGUGGGGUGACGGAAGCUGUGCCAGAGACCACCAGGGGGCAUGGUGGUACAACCAGUGCGGCAGCAGCAGCCUUAAUGGGGACUACCUUCAGGGGCCUGGCCAGCUGCAACUCCAAGCACCUUACUGGCUCCCUUGGCCUUCUGUACUACGAAGCUCUUCAAUCAUGCUGCGGCCUGCACACAGAAAACUCAAUGGACCAGAGUAGAGUUUCAAGGCUGCUACAACGCAAGCAGACUGAGUUAGUUUCAAUGAAAGUCUUAGACAAGAAGACAGGAACUGACAAUUUGGAAGUUUGCUACCAUCAUCAUUGCCCCAUCAAAGGCCCCAUUCGCACAUAUAAAGUGUAGCCCAAGCUUUAUUCAAAUGUGCUUUACCCUUAAUAGGACAGUAACGAGAAAAAUUAUGCAAGCUGUAUUAGUAAAAUGCCCUUCUACAGCAACAAAAAAGCCACUCUUACCAUUUAAAGAAGCUUGGUAAGCCAGAAAAUACAUGAGAACAAAAGACAGCUGGCGAUGCCACCUUUAAGUUCCCACACCAACUCGCCAUCACAUUAUGGAUUUUGAUGGUGUCUGCUCAGGCUUACUUAAAAUUUUAAUGGUAAAGACGGAUGAAAUUUAGUAAUAAAGGAGUGAACGAUGGCACUUAACAAGUUUCAGCAACAUCAACUAUGCCACAAUGGCCCAAAUACAAAGAAAAUAUAUAUACUUUUAAAUGAAUGACGUUACACUGAUGUACUACUGCUGGAGUUCUGGCACAAAAUAAAGAACAAAAAACUCUAGAUCAGGACUGUGACCUUAAUUUUCUCUUCUCAUAAUCAAUCUAUUAUUGUGAAAUUAAAAGAAAUGUUGAGUCUCGAAAGGAUACUUUAUCAGUUUACAAACUGACAUUCUGUUUCUAUUUAGAAAAAGAAAAAAAUCGACACAUUCAAAUCGGCACAUUCAAAUCGUCGUUUCAGAUCACUACAAAGGUGGUGCAAUACAGCAACUAAGUUUCACUGCAACCAUAAAGAACCUCCAAAGGCAAUAAUAGAGCCAUGUCAUUGGUGCUAGACCCACUUAGCAUUGUAAUACAGCUUUAAAGCCACGUUACACGACUUUCGUAGCACCUCCAAAGCGUACAUAAACAACCUAUUGAAUGUGCCAUAUUACAGGAUCAGGAUCUCAGAGCGCACUGCCAUCCAAAUUAUUUAAUUCUAAAAUAAUGACACUAUCUUUUCAAAACUUCCUGAUGUAUGCGCACAAUGACGUCUUCAUCUGUUACAGUAUCAUUUGCUGUGUUUUCUGAAAUGCAUGCACAGACACUAACUACUUCCCGAGUCAGCAUGGUGCACAAAAUCCUGUACAUUGCCAAGGACGAAUGUUGCAUGAUAGACCAGUGGCUAGCACAUGUCACACCCAACUGCACAUUGCUGCAAGGGUACGAGCCCCAGUGGCAGUGGUGGGUGUGGGCGAAGCCGAGGACAAGGAGAUGGCUUGAUGAUGACACAGUGAUGUUGGUGUAAUGGAAAGGACCGAUAAGCACAGCAAACCCACUUCUGAGCUUUGAACUGCUGCCAUGGUAUAAAAUAACACCUGCCAAAGCUGGACCCAAGCAGUUUCACUCUGUUCAGCUGACAGCAUGUUACGUCUGCCUAAAUUUUCUUAGCAGCUUUUCGCCUGUUUUUCUUACUUUCACGUUCUUUCACCUGGCGCUGCAUUCUCAAUCAAACUCUGGCAGUAUAACUUUCGAUAUACUGCCAUCAGCAAAAAUUAAAACAUGAACGGGAAAUGACAGAUUAGGAUGCCUGUUCCGCAUAAUUAUAUGGAAGUGCAACUUCAUACAGCUUUGCGACUUUGCCAAUUGUUCAUUUUCUACGUAAUAUUGUGUUAUAAAUGCAACAAUGUGCAACGAUUACAAAUGGGGACAGAGAUCCUUGGUGUGUUUUCAAAAAUAUGAGUGCUUAAAAAUUUAGAAAGUUAAAGCAUAAUCCAACAAGGUCAGAAGCAUGUUUAAUGCCACAAGCAUGAAGAUUCUCAUGAUAGCUGAAUGAUUCCAGCACCCAAGUUCCCACUAGUAAAUUUUGUAAGAAACUCUGCACCUUCUGACCUACUACAAAGUGACUGGUUGGGGCAAAGAAUGCCAUCACAAUGAUUACACUGUGCCGGUAGCGUGUUCAUAAAACUGUAGAUAAAAGGAGCUGUUCGUCACACAUAACAGUUGUGUACUGUUUGGGAUCACAAGAGGAUUUGACCAUUGAAUGUAUUACCUACAGCUUCUGUGUUCACUUGCUUCUAUUCUGGAGCAGAGUCGUCAUAGCGCUUGCAUUGAGCUCUGAAAAUAUCCUUCUAAGAGCAAAAGAAAGCUAAAAGAUGCAAUAGCUUUUUAUAUACAUAUGUUCUGAUUACCAACUUGUAGGUUAGGAACUUCAAAAACCCAUUUUUUGUUCCAAUACCAAAAUAAGAAGCUGUAGAUGCUGUAUGUGGUGGAAGUAAUCACGUCCUCAUAUUUCUUGUCGUAAAAAAAGUUAUCUUUGUCUAAACACAAAUCUAUAACUAGGAAUAUGAUUAAUGCACUUUCAUACAAUUCUGCAUGCAUCCGACUUUAUAUCUAGAAUGAAUAUUUUAUGUAAUAAGUUUUUGAGUUAACUUUGCAAAGUAUUGAGGGCAAUGUGCAUUAUAAUGUUUAAGAGGUCUCACUAGGAUGUUAUCAGCAGCAACACUGGAAUAUAGAGCAUUUGCAUAUAGAUACUUAUAUUCAUUGUUACACUUGAACGUUUAGUAAAAGCCAAUGUACCAAUUUGCUCAGAAUAAAGGCAUCACAUUUUGUUUGUGCCCUCCUA